AUAAUUACUACCUACUAAUAAAUUUGUUCAUACAAUGGCCUUUUACAAAUUGCGUAGAGCUCCACGGAAAACAAUUGAAUUUUCAGAAAAGUCAAAGAGAAAAUGGAGAAAGGCACCGGAAGAGUUUAUCGUCGAAAGGUUACCUUCACCGACAACUCGACGCAAAAACCCAAAUCGGCGGAUUCGCAGCAGCGCAAGGAAGCCAAAAAGUUGCGCAGCCGUAGCCUGUACACGACCAACUCGUAUUUGAGCGAGGAGACUUUGAGUAUUCGCGAUUUGAAACCCUACGAGGGCGUACCGUGGCUUCCCAGACUGAAGUCGUGCUACGUGGACGAUUACUCGGCUGAUAUCUGGCACGAGGAGGGCUCGUUUGGAAGCAACUGCACGAUUUCGUCCCAAGGCAUCAUUUCGCUACGUCUGCACGACCGCAUCCGCGUCGACAUUUCACUGGAGAAAGCCGUGCGCGUCAUGAAUUACAAGAGCGGCAUCGUGCUAGCUUUGAGUCCCACCGGAAGUUCCGCAGCUCUUUUGCAUCCAAACGGGCGCGUCUACCAGUACGGGUCGCGUGUCGAGAUUUUGGCUCACGACUCCGGCGGCAACAACAAGUACGCGAAGAUGUGGUACAAAGGUGUCAGCUUCACCAGUGAUCAGUGCGCCUUGGUGUACCUGGUCGAUUCGGCCGGUACGCGCACCACCACCGACACAUUUUCGGACUUGAGCCAAGAUUUCUCGGUGAACGUCUUCUACAGCGACAGUCCGCACUUGGACACCUCCGCCUACGGCUCCCAAAACAUCAGUGACGCCUUCACCGUCUUGCACGGCUCAAACUUUUGGGUAGCCGAGGACGGGACGGAAAACUGGAUCAUCAACAACAUUCGAAUCUCGCAAACGUCGGACGGACUGGUUCGAAUUGGGCGCAACAGUAACAAGUUCUCCCUCCGCACCUCGCCGACGAACGGCUCCGCAUCGGUGAGUUCUCCAUUCCUGCACUGCACCGGCUCACUGGGACAGACGCGUCACUUGUUCGUGCGCAGAGGCGAACGGCGCAUGCACUACGACGGAUCGAGCUUCAUCGUCCGCAACGCCGGACACUCCGCGGGUUUUGAUGAGAAGCAUCAGCUUAAAGUUUACUGAAUUGACUAUUAACGCACGCGAAACGAUGGCAAUGGAUUUAAACAAAAAACGUAUAGUUUUAGGCACAAAGUAAAAUAGAGAGCUGUCUUUUAAUGAGGGUUCAAAAAUGGAGGUGGUUGUUUUAGAAACGAGAUCCUGUCAUCCGUGCGCCUUUUCUGUGUUAACAGCUGUAAAACGUGUUUCAAUAAAACCAAAGUCAAAAUG